UCCUCUCUCCCGUAGACAGGCAAUUCUGUGAGGAUGAGCCGGACGUCGGGUUCUAAGGGAUCCCGUACCCGCAAGCGUAUGCACCGUGAUGAGUCAUACUCACCUGCUUCUUCGCUUGACUCUGUGGAGCUUCGUCGUGGACGGAGGAGCUUUGUGGCCGGUGUGGGACCUGGGACACGUUCGGAUGUGAAUGAUGGUGAUGCAAGGUCAUCCACAUCAGGUGCUGCUGGUUCGGGUGGAAGUGGAGGCUCUGGUGGGGGAAAGAGUGGUGGAAGUAAUGCAGCCAGUCGGAGUGUGAGCGAGAAAAAGGCGAGGAAGAAGCUCCGCAAGGCAAAGUUGGCAAAGGUACUCGGCGAGCUGCUGGUGACCAUGAUGAAGGUCGAUGGUGAUGGUGUGUUCUGGCAUCCGGUCGAUCCUGCUCUUGCUCCUCGUUAUGAUGAGAUUAUUUCAAAGCCAAUGGACUUUUCUACCAUGCGGAAGAAGCUGGUCAAGGGCUCGUACGCCUCGCUGCAUCACUUUGAGCUCGACUUUCGUCUCAUUGUGGCCAACUGCAUCAAGUACAACGAGGAGGGGAGCUACUACCACAAGGCUGCAUUGCGUCUGGAGGCUCGCCUGGCCAAGCCAUUGCUCCUUGCACAGAUGCGUCUUGCCAUUCCCCACAUCGACGUCCUCUCGAACGAGCUCGUCAUGUGGCGCCGGGAGGUCGAGUCGCGCUACGGCGAGUUCACCAAAGCCGAGCUCGACGACGUCCGCGCCAUUCUCGAGGCCGAGGCCAACGGCGGCGAUCCGGCGGGCGGCGCCGGCGGCCGGAACACGGCAAGCGGCGGAGGCGGCGGCACAGCGCUGGCGCCGGCGCAUGGCGGCGACGCGCGAUACACUGGCGAGCUUGACACGAACAAGCCCAUCAAGUGCGCACUGUGCCGGCUGACGGUCGAGACUGACGUGACUGGCCCGUUCCUCAACCCGCCGUUUGUGGCGCCGGGCAAGGCCAAGUACCUGUACGUCCACCUCAACUGCGCGCGGUUCGGUGCGCCUGAGACGCUCUACGACGAGCCGUCGGAUACUUGGUUCAACCUCAUCAAGGCUGUCUCGCGCGGCAGGUUCAUCAAGUGUGCCCUCAGCGACUGCCCGUCCGGCAAGGGCGCCACUCUCGGCUGCACCACCACCACCUGCCAACGCUCGUACCAUCUGCCGUGCUCCGGCAAGGACGCCGCGUUCUUUGAGGACGGCGGCGUGUUCUUCUGCCCCACCCACGAGGCCAAGGUCAAGGCCAAGGCGCCGGCCGACGACAAGGAGGCCGAGGCCAAGGCCAAGGCUGCGGCGGCCAAGGCUGCGGCCGCGUCGGUCGCGCGCUCUGGCUCGAUCCUGCACAUCCCCAAGGGCCCGCUUUCGUACGGCGAGCAGCCGUCCAAGCCCGACGGCCUCGACGAGAAGAUCCGCAAGGCCACCGCCGUCCACCGCAUGUUCCUCGAGCCCGGCAAGAUUACUGGCGUGAGCAAGGCUGGCGAGCUCAUCUGCCCCACGGCAGAGCUCGACGAAGCCGGCUUUGUCGAUGCCAUUGGCUCCAAGGUCGCGUCCAACACCUCGUACCGCUGGCUUGGCACCGUCGACGUCGUCGACUUUGGCGCCCGCCUCUCGGUCAUCGACACCCGUAACAACCUGGGUGGCCGCAUCAAGUACUUCAACCGCCACCAGCGCAAGCCGCGCGGCCCGUACCGCAAGCGCAACCGGGCGUCUGCAAGCUCGGGCUCGGUUGCCCCCGCGCCGCCGUCACGGUCGUCAAACCAUGCUGCCCGGACCCGCCGUAACCACGAGCGCCGCGUCAUCAACGCCCUCCUCGCUGUCACUCACCCGAGCAACCCGGCGGCACAGGCGGCGCGGGCGGCCGCGGCCAAGGCCGCCGCCGACGGCCGCGCCCGCCUCCCGAUUGUCGAGCCGAACUCGCUUCAUCCGCGCCCGGCCACCCACUACGUCACGUCGCGGACCGUCUCGACCCCGCCGGUCGCCAUCUACGACACGCCGGUCAUGUUCCACGCCGAGGCCACCUCGCUCGGCCCGACGUACGACUCGACCCACGCCUCACUCGGCGCCUCCGACUCGGUCAGCGUCAUCGCGCCGGGUCCGGUCGCGCCGGGCGGUCUGGCACGGCUCGAGGCAGCUGUCACCGACAUGGUGACCAACAAGCGGGCGCGCGCGCCUGAGGCUGGCGGCGACGACCUCGCUCCGCCGCCGGCCAAGAAGGCCAGGACCCUCGACGCCGCCCUCGACGACCUCGCCGCCCUUGGUAACCUCGGCUUUGACACGUCGUUUGUCGACGCGCUGCGGAGCGGCGACGCCGCCGCCGACGGCAACAAGUUUGUCCACUCGGCCGCGCUCUCGUCGGACGAGCUCGCCCGCAAGCUGGCUGAGAACUCGGCCUUUGUCUCGUACAUGGCCUCGAUGCCGUGGGUCCGCGAGUCUACGGUCCCCUCGCCGUGGGAGAUCGAGGCCGCCUCGCGUCUCCUCGCCAACUUUGCCGAUCUUGCCCCAGAAGUCAUCAAGCCGGCCGAGCUCUUCCCGCCGCCUAAGUGAACACCGUGAACAUCUCC